AUGGUUUCUAAAAUGAUCAUUGAAAACUUCGAGGCACUGAAGUCCUGGCUCAGCAAGACUCUCGAGCCCAUCUGUGAUGCAGAUCCAUCAGCCCUUGCAAAAUAUGUUCUUGCUUUGGUAAAAAAAGACAAAAGUGAAAAAGAAUUAAAGGCAUUAUGUAUUGAUCAACUGGAUGUAUUUCUUCAAAAAGAGACACAGAUAUUUGUGGAAAAACUUUUUGAUGCUGUGAAUACAAAGAGUUACCUACCUCCUCCAGAGCAGCCAUCAUCAGGAAGCUUAAAAGUGGAAUUUUUUCAGCACCAAGAAAAAGAUAUAAAAAAAGAUGAGAUUAUAAAAGAGGAAGAACGAGAGAAGAAGUUUUCCAGAAGGCUAAAUCACAGUCCUCCCCAGUCAAGCUCCCGAUAUAGAGAAAAUAGAAGUCGUGAUGAGAGGAAAAAGGAUGAUCGUUCUCGCAAAAGAGAUUAUGAUCGAAACCCUCCUCGAAGAGAUUCAUACAGAGACCGGUACAACAGAAGACGAGGGCGAAGUCGCAGUUACAGCAGGAGUCGGAGUCGAAGUUGGAGUAAAGAGAGGCUUCGUGACAGGGAUAGGGAUAGAAGCAGGACCAGAAGCAGGAGCAGAACACGAAGCAGGGAAAGAGAUCUGGUAAAACCUAAAUAUGACCUGGAUAGAGCAGAUCCACUAGAAAACAAUUAUACUCCAGUUUCUUCGGUACCUAACAUUUCAUCCGGUCACUACCCUGUACCUACUUUGAGCAGCACCAUAACAGUAAUUGCUCCUACACAUCAUGGUAAUAACACUACCGAAAGUUGGUCUGAAUUUCAUGAAGACCAAGUGGACCAUAACUCAUAUGUCAGACCACCAAUGCCAAAAAAGCGGUGUAGAGACUAUGAUGAAAAGGGUUUCUGUAUGAGAGGAGACAUGUGCCCUUUUGAUCAUGGAAGUGACCCAGUAGUUGUAGAAGAUGUGAAUCUUCCAGGCAUGCUGCCUUUCCCAGCACAGCCUCCUGUUGUUGAAGGACCACCUCCUCCUGGACUCCCCCCACCUCCACCAAUUCUUACACCCCCACCUGUGAAUCUGAGACCCCCAGUGCCACCACCAGGCCCAUUACCACCCAGUCUACCACCUGUCACAGAUGAUAUUUCUUAUUCUUUGGUUUUGACAGGACCACCACCUCCACUUCCUCCUUUGCAGCCAUCUGGCAUGGAUGCUCCCCCAAACUCUGCAACCAGUUCUGUUCCUACUGUAGUAACAACUGGCAUUCAUCACCAGCCUCCUCCUGCUCCACCCUCUCUUUUUACUGCAGAUACAUAUGACACAGAUGGCUACAAUCCUGAGGCCCCAAGCAUAACAAACACUUCCAGACCUAUGUAUAGACACAGAGUGCAUGCACAAAGGCCUAACUUGAUAGGACUGACAUCAGGGGAUAUGGAUUUGCCACCCAGAGAAAAACCUCCUAAUAAAAGCAGUAUGAGGAUAGUAGUGGAUUCAGAGUCAAGGAAAAGAACGAUUGGUUCUGGGGAGCCUGGAAUUACUACAAAGAAGACUUGGUUUGAUAAACCAAAUUUUAAUAGAACAAACAGCCCAGGCUUCCAGAAAAAGGUUCAGUUUGGAAAUGAAAACACCAAACUUGAACUUAGAAAAGUUCCACCAGAAUUAAAUAAUAUCAGCAAACUUAAUGAGCAUUUUAGUCGAUUUGGAACUUUGGUUAACUUACAGGUUGCCUAUAAUGGUGAUCCUGAAGGUGCCCUUAUCCAAUUUGCAACAUAUGAAGAAGCAAAGAAAGCAAUAUCUAGUACAGAAGCAGUUCUAAACAAUCGCUUUAUUAAGGUUUAUUGGCACAGAGAAGGAGGCACCCAGCAAUUACAAACUACUUCUCCAAAGGUAAUGCAGCCUUUAGUCCAGCAGCCCAUUUUGCCUGUUGUGAAGCAGUCCGUCAAAGAGCGGUUGGGUCCAGUACCUACAAGUACCAUUGAACCAACAGAAGCCCAGAGUGCCAGUGCAGACCUUCCUCAGAAUGUAACUAAAUUAUCUGUGAAGGACAGGUUGGGUUUUGUAUCAAAGCCAUCUGUUUCAGCAACUGAAAAGGUGUUAUCUACAUCUACUGGCCUAACAAAAACAGUGUAUAAUCCAGCUGCUUUGAAGGCUGCACAAAAAACCUUACUUGUUUCCCCCUCUGCAGUUGAUAAUAAUGAAGCACAGAAAAAAAAACAGGAGGCACUGAAACUUCAGCAGGAUGUAAGGAAAAGAAAACAAGAAAUUUUAGAAAAGCACAUUGAAACACAGAAGAUGUUGAUAUCAAAACUGGAGAAAAACAAAGCAAUGAAGUCUGAAGAUAAAGCAGAAAUAAUGAAAACUUUAGAGGUUUUGACAAAAAAUAUUACCAAGUUGAAAGAUGAGGUCAAAGCUACUUCUCCUGGACGCUGUCUUCCAAAAAGUAUAAAAACCAAGACUCAGAUGCAGAAAGAAUUACUUGACACAGAGCUGGAUUUGUAUAAGAAGAUGCAAGCUGGAGAAGAAGUCACUGAACUUAGGAGAAAGUAUACAGAGUUACAGCUGGAAGCUGCCAAACGAGGGAUUCUUUCAUCUGGUCGGGGCAGAGGAGUUCAUUCAAGAGGUCGAGGUGCAGCUCACGGCAGAGUCAGGGGUCGGGGUCGAGUUCGAGGUCGAGGUCGAGGUCGAGGUGUACCUGGUCAUGCUGUGGUGGAUCACCGUCCCAGGGCAUUGGAGAUUUCUGCAUUUACAGAGAGUGAUAGAGAAGAUCUUCUUCCUCAUUUUGCGCAAUAUGGUGAAAUUGAAGAUUGUCAGAUUGACGACUCUUCACUUCAUGCAAUAAUUACAUUCAAGACAAGAGCAGAAGCUGAAGCAGCUGCAGUUCAUGGAGCUCGUUUCAAAGGGCAGGAUCUAAAACUGGCAUGGAAUAAACCAAUAACUAAUAUUUCAGCUGUAGAAACAGAAGAGGUUGAACCUGAUGAAGAGGAAUUUCAGGAAGAGUCUAUGGUGGAUGACUCAUUACUUCAAGAUGAUGAUGAAGAAGAAGAGGACAAUGAAUCUCGUUCUUGGAGAAGAUGA